GAUGUUGCUUUAGAGAUAAAACAUGUCUACUUAUCCCAAAUACAACCAAAAAAGCACAACAGUUGAAGGCAAUAACUUAACUUUUUUUUUUAAAUUUAUAGCAGCUAGCCGUCUUUGAAUUCUCAGGUAUAAUCUAUGUUGCCCUAUUCCAAUCAUGCUUAUAUCCCUACCUCCUUUAUUCACCUCUCUAAAUUUCUCCUUAUAAGUAUCCCACUCUCUCUCUCUCUUACAUAUACAAUAUACAGACAACUUCCUCUCUCUAUCUUUUCUUGAUUGUUUUGUGUGUUAUGGCAGAAGUGAAAAUGGUUUUACCGCCAGGGUUUCAGUUCGAUCCUACCGAUGAAGAGUUGAUCGUUAGCUUCCUAAAUCGAAGGGCUGCAAAUUUACCAUGCUACCCUAACAUUAUCCCUGACCUUGAUAGCUACACAGCUCACCCUUGGGGGCUUCAUGAGAGGGCGUUUCGGAGUAAAACGGAGUGGUAUUUCUUUAGUGAGUUGAAGCAAAAUCGAGCUACAGAAAAAGGGUUUUGGAAGGAGACUGGAUUGAGUGAAGCCAUCUUCACUAGCAAUGGAGAUGAAGUUGGCAUCAAGAAUUUUCUUGUUUUUUGUGGCGAUGGAGUUCAUACUAAUUGGAUCAUGGAGGAAUACCGAUCUACUACUUCUCAAACUCAAUUACGAGGCUUGAAUGAGUGGGUGAUAUGUCGAGUUCGUGAAGGGAAGCUGUUUGAUUGUGAAGAGAAGAUAAGCUGUGAUGAUGAUGGAGUAGAGCUCUCCUAUCUUGAUGAAGUAUUCUUCUCCAUGGAUGGCAAUGAUCAAGAUGAUGAGAUCACUUUUCCAACAUAGUUACUAUAUUAUAUUUAUUAAUUUCCCUAAUUUUUAGAGCAUAUAUACAUGGUAUACAUCGAGUUUGACACCUUUUAUCAAAGCUUGCUACUUUUAUAUGUUAAUAUUUACAUAUAUAUAAAUAAAUAGAAACAAUACAUGCAUGUAAUUAUAGGACACCUAUUUUGUGGUUUUGAGAUUGUAUAGGGGUUGGUUAUAUAUGUAAGCUGCUCCAUUACAUGUAAUUAUACGACACUUAUACACAAUUUUGUUGGUUUGAGAUUGUA